UGAAGUCAGGUUUAAACACUGACUUCUGUCCCUCAGUGCUUCAUACUUCCCUGUGCUGCUGCAAAUCACCAUGGAAGGCUCAAGAUGGAGGGAACAGGGCCUGGGUGGCUUGUGCCUUCCUCCCACAAAGAUCACAAAAUGCUCCCGGCGCUUACUUCCGACGCAUCCAAGGAGUUCUGCAACAACAGAAGGGGAAACAAGGCUUCACAGUCCUCAUCUUUCACUGACAGGAAUAACAGUGCUACGCAGCUCUUAAAUGCAGGAGCUCCUGCGGAUGAAAGUCUGCUUUUAGGACAGGCCCCGCAGAGCCAGGCUGCGGCACGGCAGGGAGAAGCCCAGCACAUCUACACGGUGGCGUUUACCUACUCGCUCGCGCCGUGGCUGCCACGCAGCCUAUCUGGGCGGCCGGCUGGCACAGCCCGCGGUCACCGGAGCGAUGCCGAAGAGCAAACUCCGGGUCCCUCUCCGGGCGAGGGGCGCGCUGCGGGCCGGCUCCGGGCGGGCAGCUCUCCCUCCUCGGCGGCGGCGGGUGUGCUCCGCUCUGCGGCCAGCGGCGGGCAGCGUCCAUUGCAGCUCGGCGGGUCCGCGUCCGGAGUCCAGGGGCUCCGGCAGCCAGCGGGGAACCAGCCCCCGCUCCCCUAAACACCGCUGGCCAGGUGCGUUUAUUGCUCAUCCCGUCCUCUUCCCACAAAUCCACCGUCUGCGGCCGCCGAGCGCCAGCGGCAGCCCGGCCGGCCCCCGAGUCACCACCGAUCGCUCUCCCCUCUCGCUCUCUCUCUCUCUCUCUCUUUCCCUCUCGUUUCAAGCUCUCCCCGAGGAGGAAACAGCACGGCGGGGCCGCUCGUCCUGCAUUUCACCGCCCGGGAGCCGCUGCUGCCGCCGCCGCCGGAGCGCUCAAAACAAAGCGGAGAACAGUCACUUUCCACACUGUUCCCUUCCCUCCCCGCGCCGAGUAACACGGCUGGCUAGGGGAGCUCGCCUAGCAGGGAUGAAAACCAAGGGGGGGCGAAGGCAGCAGAACCCACCCACCCAGCCCGCCCGGAGCCCCCCGGCUGCUCCCCGUUCCCGGCGCAUCCCGGCGCACCUGACAGCCCGCCGCGCGCGCUGUAUUUCCCUCCCUUAGCGACAGGGGAGGCGCGCGCCGGCCGCGGCCCCGCCAUUGGCGGAGCGCAGCGGCGCGGAGCAGCCAUUGGCUGCGGCGGCGACCAAUGGGGUGCACUGUAUCCGGGCGGCAGCGGCUGCGGAGCUAUUUAAAUCCUGCCCGGUGAUGUCAGCGCGGGCCGCGCGGGGGGAGCGGUGGCGCCCGCGCCUGUCAGGCCGCGUUAGGAGCAGCGCGGCCGCCCCCUCCCUCCCUGAGCGGGGCGGGAGAGCCCGGCAGGGCCCGGCGCACCUGCACGGCCGGCCCCGCCUCACGGGACCCGCAGCGCCCCGCUGCCCUCCCCGCUGAGGUGCCGCGGUGUCGCUCCUGGAGGGUGCGGGUUAAUCCCGGAGUGCCGGGUACGCUCUCUGCGCGAGUGUCGCGCUAAGCCCUCGCUCGCGGAGAAAGCAGAAGGGCAACUCUUGGCGCUGAAAACACUUCUGCCAGUUGUUCGGGGGGAGGUACCCUCACUUUACUGCAUCCGCACGCUGUGGCCUCGGUGACACUGAGCCGAGGGGCUCAGUGUCACCGAGGACAUUAAGGGGCUGGAGCGUGUCCAGAGAAGGGCAAUGAAGCUGGUGAAGGGUCUGGAGCACAAGUCCUGUGAGCAGCAGCUGAGGGAGCUGGGGGUGUUUAGCCCCGAGAAAAGGAGGCUCAGGGAGGCCUUACUGCUCUCUACAGCCACCCGAAAGGAGGGUGUGGGCAAAUAGGGUCUGUCUCCUCCCAGGCAACCAGUGGCAAGACAGGAGGACACAGCCUCAAGCUGUGCCUGGGGAGGUUCAGACAGAAUGAUGAAUUUCUUCACAGAAAUGGUGAUUAGACUUUGAAAUGGACUGCCAAGGGACAUGGUGGAACCAGUGCCCCUGGAAUUGUGAUAAUUGUGAUGGGAACUUACCCAUGAUGUUCCCGAAGUGCGGGCAGCUUACUUUUCACAAAGGUGUGUCCCCCGUGAUGUGAACACACAGCUGCAGCAUUUUCUCAGUUUGCAGAUGGAUGUGUGCUGUGACCAUAGUUUUUUGGCCCAUAUAAUUACAGGCAUUUUGGUUGCCCAAAAAUCUGUGUUAGCUACAUGGCUGCAGAAGGAGUUAUGUUGAGGUGACAUGUGAAAGUGGUUCCCUAAGAGCAAUUCUGUGGUAUGGUUAAGGUAAACACAGAGGAAGUCACUGAAUAUUGUUGAUGCCAAAUAUUUGUCAUGAGGACACUAGGAUCAAAAGCCAGGAGGAAGGAGGCUGUCCCUGAAAUCGUGUUUGUUUCUUUGCCGUGGCAGGGUAUGGCAACAGAGGUAGGGGACAGCAGAAGGCUGAUCAUGGCGGUGGCUUCUGUUAGGUUAGGGGUGGCAUAUCAUAACUUGGGGUCCUCAAGAUGAAUCUGAUCGUUUAAGGACAUUCUUCCACUGAGAGUCAGAUGGAAGAAUGCAAGAACCUCUUUCAGGAACUGACUCCAUGUGCCUUUUCAGUCCCAUUGGUAUUUCCUUGUUUUCCCUAUUUGGGAGGCUGCUUGGAAUAAAGAUUAACUCACUCC